AUGCUUCCUUUCCACCCGGACUCUUAUAUAUGUAGUCGGCCGAACUUUCGGCGUGGUUUCGGGGGUCAAUAUUCGCGUCCAGGUGCAAAUCCCUUUAACUGUCCUGCCAACGGUCUCGCCGGCCCAAAGGGCUUCCCAAAUGCAGACUCUAGCGAGGAUACAUUCACCUGCGAAGGAGCUGAGGAGGGCCAAGUUCUGUCCGACUCAUUCCAGUUGAAACCGUCCACGGCCUCCGAACUCUGGGUUCAAGUGCCAACGGACUCGGCUGUUGACGACCAAAGCCGAGGGCACCGUUCGGCUGAGGAGACUGGUGCGAGUGACUGGUUGGCUUCUGUGCGGCUGCAGGAGGCGAUGCGUUUGGUGGACGGUCACAGGCCGGGGCCACCACGAAGGGAGACGAAGCAGAUCGGCAGUAAACAUGAGGGAAGAGAGGGGGCAGCCAAAAGUAUGGAAGUAAACAACUGCGUUGGUAUCAUCCAAAGUUCGGAUGACAUCGCAUUGGAAAGUGGAUGCCGGCAGAACGAGUGGUCUGGGGCGAAUUCAGCCUGCAAGCCAAUAGCCAUGAAUGGAGAGACGAAAGAACUUUCUCUGCAAACUGACCUUCAUUUCUUCCACCAACAACAUCAGGAACAGCUCCAAAAGCAGCUGCUACAGACAAAGACGAAGCCGCAUCCGCCGAAACGCGGAGAAGAAGAAGCUGCAAGUGGACUCGAAGUGCCUCUGACGCAGAGUCAGGCCGCGGCCCCACAACUCUACUGGCGCCGCAAACAGGCCCGGGAAACCAGACUGGAUCGCGCCUGUCUAGUUUUGGCCCGAAAGAUGCUGAUGGCCUACGUUGCCUGUCCGUCCACGGCACCCGCAAAUCACAAGCAACUUCAGCUACAUCCUCAUCAUCUUCGUCAACACGAUCAUCUUUUGCUCCUGUUUCUAGCGCAUCCCCAGGUCUGGUCAGCCAGCCCAGAGGAAGGGGAUCAACUUAGUCUAGAAGGGAGACUCAAGCAGAUCCUUGAAUUGACGGAGCCUUACGGCAGAGAGGAUGAUGAUAUUGGCGACGAAUCAGCUGAGCAUGGAACAUCAGAACAUGAAGAAGCCAGCCAGCAAGAGGAAUGUCCUGAGCAUCAUUCGAAGAAGCCCGAGAAGGAGAAUGGCUAUUUUCAAGUCCAGAACUCUCUUACGAGUCUAGAUGACACUUCAUCCUUAUCUUCACAAAAUAAUUUAUCCGGGUACGUAUGCUGGGACAUACUUGCCCUGUACACUAGCGGAUGUCAAAAUGCCCUAAUCUUUCAUGCUUAG